GUUCUCAAGUUUGCAGUAGGACACCAGAGCUGAGACAGAAGCAGUCUGCUCAACAGGGGGCUGACUGGGAGCAGGCAUGAGCCUUGCACUUCAAACAAAGCAGCUAGACAACCUCAGUGCUCAUGGGAAAGAAAUUCAGCUUGAAAUCGCAAAGGCUGCUGGAGGAAUGGCCAUCACUGUUGAUCUGGAAACAGACUGUGCUCAACUGGUUCUAGAUGUAGGAGCACUCACACUUGGGGAGAAGAAUAGAAAGAAAAUGAAGAGCCGUCAUCUCAGAAAACGGGAGAAUGAAAACAUCUCUCAAGCUGUGUGUGCUCUCCUCAACUCUGGAGGUGGGUUGAUCAAGGUUAAAAUUGAAAAUGAAGAUUAUAACCUCACCAGGGAUGGACUGGGACUGGAUUUGGAAGCCUCUCUUUGUAAAUGUCUGCCAUCUGUUAAUUGGCACCUAGACCUCACGGAGCAUGGAGGCUACCUUUAUAUCUUUGUAAAAUCGUGGAGCCUGGACGUCUUUGGGCUGCCGAUUGGCACGCUGAGAACCAAUUUGUACACCAGAAGCAUGUCAUCUUCGGUUGAAGUGAAUGCUGCUGCUGCUCUCCAGUUCCUCCAAGACCUGAAAGAAACUGGAGGGAGAUCCUGUGUGGGACCAGAGCUGCCUGAACACAGAGUCUGCCCUGGAGUAAAAGAAGAGAGUCACGUGGAGGACCUGGCUGCUGCAGUUUUUAACAAGACACAAUUUCAGCACCAGGAAGACUUCCCCUUCUCCAGAUCCACUUUUGUUGAAGUUACACUGCUUUCAGUGAAACAGCUGCAGAAGCGCAUUAAAGAGCUCAUGCCUCGACAUGUUUCUGCAUUUGCAAACACUGACGGGGGAUAUUUGUUCAUUGGUUUGGAUGGAAACAAACAGCAAAUCAUUGGUUUUGAAGCAGAGAAGAGCGAUCUUGAUCAUCUAGAGAGUGAAAUAGACAAAUGCAUCCAACAGCUGCCUGUCACUCACUUCUGUGAGGGGCAGGAGAAGAUAAAGUACACAUGCAAAUUCAUCCAGGUCCACAGACCUGGAGCUGUGUGUUCCUAUGUCUGUGCACUCAGAGUGGAGAGAUUCUGCUGUGCUGUGUUCGCUGCAGAGCCUGAUUCCUGGCAUGUUGAAGACAGCUGUGUGAAGAGGUUUACCACAGAAGAAUGGGUCAAGGGCCUGAUGGAUGGCUAACUAGGCUCUGGCACCAUUGGUGAAUGAGUUCACACAUGCCCACUGACUGGUCAUGUAUUAGCUGAUGCUCUCAAGGAACACCUGGAGCCUUCAACAAUGCCAUCCUUCUGGCCUGUCACAGCUGAAGCAUUUCAUGGCCACAAGUGGGUCAAGCCUGCCCAUCCCUGAAGCUAUCUAACUGGUGAAGAUUCCUCAGUAGAGGUCUGCUGUCAACCAACCAUUCCUUGCUGUGGACUUCAGUUGAGAAAAUAAAAGUCUUUCAUAGUUCAGGCUUUAGCCAAGUCUGCUGGACAUUUUUUUUUUCUUUUUUUUUGUUUAACUUUUUAUUGGUUCUUUGUAAAUUACACCCCAAUUCACAUCAU